UAUCCUCUGCACUGAAGACUGCUCCUCUUUGCUGGCUGAAACAGAUUGCAGUCAUGGCUUUGGAGCAGAACCAGUCAACAGAUUACUACUAUGAGGAAAAUGAGAUGAAUGGCACUUAUGACUACAGCCAGUAUGAAAUGAUCUGUGUAAAAGAGGAGGUCAGAAAUUUUGCAAAAGUUUUCCUCCCUGCCUUUUUCGCAAUAGCUUUCAUCCUUGGACUUGCAGGCAAUUCCAUAGUUGUGGCAAUUUAUGCCUAUUACAAGAAACAGAGAACCAAAACAGAUGUAUAUAUCCUGAAUUUGGCUGUGGCAGAUCUACUCCUCUUAUUCACUCUGCCUUUUUGGGCAGUUAAUGCAGUUCAUGGGUGGAUAUUAGGGAAAAUGAUGUGUAAAGCAACAUCAGCCUUAUACACAGUAAACUUUGUCUCAGGAAUGCAAUUUCUGGCUUGUAUCAGCAUAGAUAGAUAUUGGGCAGUAACUAAGGCUCCCAGCCAAUCAGGAGUGGGAAAACCUUGCUGGAUCAUUUGUUUCUGUGUCUGGACAGCUGCCAUCUUGCUGAGUAUACCCAACCUGGUUUUUUGUACAGUAAAUGACAACAUGAGGUGCAUUACCAUCUUUCCCCACCACCUAGGAAAAUACAUGAAAGCAUCAAUUCAAAUACUGGAAAUCUGCAUUGGAUUUGUCAUUCCCUUUCUUAUUAUGGGAGUAUGUUACUCUCUAACAGCAAGGACUCUCAUCAAGAUGCCAAACAUUAAAAAAGCCCGACCCCUCAAAGUUCUGCUCACAGUUGUCUUAGUUUUCAUUGUAACUCAGCUGCCCUAUAACAUUGUCAAGUUAUGCCAAGCCAUCGACACCAUCUUCUUUCUGAUCACUGACUGUGACAUGAGCAAACGCAUGGAUGUUGCCAUCCAAAUCACAGAGAGCAUCGCACUCUUUCACAGCUGCCUCAACCCAAUCCUAUAUGUUUUUAUGGGAGCCUCUUUUAAAAAUUAUAUUAUGAAAGUUGCCAAGAAAUAUGGAUCCUGGAGAAGACAGAGACAAAAUGUAGAGGAGAUUCCUUUUGAUUCUGAGGGUCCUACAGAGCCAACCAGUUCUUUUACCAUUUAAAUGUAAAACUGUUCUACCUUUUGCUUGGAUACAUAAGAAUGAUGCUUUUCCUUUUGAUAAAAAAAAAAUUGCAGGGAAUCUGAAAUUCAUAUCUCAAACACUGUUGCUGCAACUUAUAACAAAGAAGGAGUUGGGGUCAUGGUGGAGGUAGAAGCCAAAAAGGAGACAAUAAAUACACAAAAUAUGAAAAUUAAAAUUGAUGAUAUAGGAAAUAGUAGUAAUAGGCAUAAAUCAAAGCACUAACAAGAAGAUCCUUGUGUGAUGGAAUGGUUUUUAUAUCUUGAUUAUACUAUUGGUUACACAAAUCUAUAAUGUUAUAUAUUGAAAAAGAUUUCUAUAUGCAUUGUAACAAUUUCAACUUCCUGAUUUUGAUUUUCUACUAUAAUUAUUAUUAUUGGGUUCAUCUAUGGGUGAAGGCUACCCAAGAUCACUCUGUACU